UCUCUCUCUCUCUCUCUCUCUCUCUCUCUCUCUCUCUACUCUUUUUAUUUAUUGUGUGGGAGAAUAUAUAUAUAUAUAUAUAUGUAUAUAUUCUUUUUCUUUACACACGGCCAUAAACGCCAUUUUCGUUAGCUGCACCCUUUUGCUUUGCCUUUACUGUUUCUCUCCCUUUGGUUUCCUCCAUUGCAAGCCAAGCUUCCUUUCCAUCUUUUCUUCCAGGUCACUCUCUCCUCCACAAACCCACAAAGAUCCACCAACCACUUCACCCACCUCUGCCUUUUUACCCUUCUAAGAUCUUCAAUAUAUUUUUUAAUCGUCCACAUACAUUAUUUUCUCUCUGCUCGUAAUACAUUUCUCCUAAAAAAGAUCGGAUUUUUUGUCUGUCUUUUCUUUGCUAUAUCUUCUUUUUUAAAAGAAAUCAUUGACAAGUUUUUUUUUUUUUGGUUUGGCCCACUUGCCAUAAAGCCUCUAUUUCUAAACUACUUCUGAAAUUGCAUCCGUACAUUUCUAGCCAUCUGGGUUUUUGAGGGUUUUUGUUAUUUCAGGUGUAGCAUUGUCUUAUCUAUGCAAAUUGAAUCUCUAUUGCUUCAGAAAAGACUACUUUUUUCACUUCUGCGGUUGCUGCAAGAAGAAGAUCAAGGGGGUUAACUUCGAUUUCCACCAAAAGGUGUGAUGUGCUAAAGUUUUCAAUAGGGGAUAGCGAGAAGGGUCAGACACAAUUUUGACAAUUGAUAUCUAGGAGAUUGGAGAUGUCAUCUGAGGGUUCUCUCAAUGCAGAAUUAUCAAAGAAGACAUCGAUUUUGGGUCUGAAACUGUGGGUUUUGAUUGGUGUAUCUGUUGGGGCAUUUAUAGUUCUAAUUCUUUGCAUCUUAUCAGUGUGGGUAACAUUUCGUAGAAAAUCUAGAAGAUUGACAGACAAGUUUACUCUUUCACAAAUACCAAAUGUCUCAAAAGAUAUCAGGGUUGACAGGGUUGGGGUUCAGAGUUACAAUGAUCAACCUGACAGUUUGUUCGUCACAGUCAAUGAUAAAUCAAAUGAGAAGAAUACAGAGAAGAUGGUAUCUCAUUUAGGGGUGGGUAAAUCAAGUGACCCUGACAAUGCCAGCCAAUGCAGCUCUAUUCAUCAUCAUGAGAGAGCAUGUAGCUCGCAGUCAGGGGAAGAAGGAAGUUCUGGUACUGUUCGAAAGCAGUCCUCAUUGUUGUAUGGAGGACCUGUGAUGGCUUCUCCCUUAGUUGGUCUGCCAGAAAUUUCACAUCUUGGGUGGGGGCACUGGUUUACUCUUAGAGAUCUCGAGUCCGCCACAAAUCGUUUUGCAGCAGAUAAUGUGCUCGGAGAGGGUGGAUAUGGAGUUGUCUACAGGGGUAGGCUGAUUAAUGGAACUGAGGUAGCUGUGAAGAAGCUUCUCAAUAAUCUGGGACAGGCUGAGAAGGAAUUUCGAGUUGAAGUGGAGGCUAUUGGUCAUGUUCGACACAAGAACCUUGUGCGACUUCUGGGCUACUGCAUAGAAGGAAUCCAUAGGAUGCUGGUGUAUGAAUAUGUGAGCAAUGGCAACUUAGAACAAUGGCUACACGGUGCUAUGCAGCAGCAUGGUAUGCUGACUUGGGAUGCUCGCAUGAAGGUCAUUCUUGGUACUGCCAAGGCGCUUGCGUAUUUGCAUGAAGCAAUAGAACCAAAAGUGGUUCACCGAGACAUAAAAUCAAGCAACAUCUUGAUUGAUGGUGAGUUCAACGCUAAGGUUUCUGAUUUUGGGUUGGCCAAACUCUUGGGUUCUGGAGAGAGUCACAUCACAACAAGAGUUAUGGGAACAUUUGGCUAUGUAGCACCAGAAUAUGCUAAUACAGGAUUGUUAAAUGAGAAGAGUGAUAUUUAUAGCUUUGGCGUCCUUCUGCUAGAAGCAGUUACUGGAAGGGACCCGGUAGACUACGGACGACCUGCUAAUGAGGUAAAUCUUGUUGAGUGGCUAAAGAUGAUGGUAGGGACAAGAAGAGCUGAGGAAGUUGUUGACCCGAACCUCGAAGUUAAGCCCGCAACAAGAGCACUAAAGCGUGCACUUCUUGUGGCUCUUAGAUGUGUUGAUCCUGAUGCAGACAAGCGGCCCAAGAUGAGUCAGGUUGUACAAAUGCUUGAAGCUGAUGAAUACCCAUUUCGAGAGGUAUGAGCUGAUGCAUUAUUU